AUGCUGGUGUUGUUGGUCCAUAACCUGGCCGGCCCCUACCUCCUCCCCCUCUACCGCAUCGCCGUUGGCUAGUUGUCGGAGGCCAUGCGAUCCAACACCAGGGGGCGCUACCACUACGACACAUUUGUCUCCUACAGCGGGAAGGACGAGCGCUGGGUGGUGGAGGAGCUGCUGCUGCACAACCUGGAGCAGAGGGGUCCCUCUUUCCUGCGCCUCUGUCUACACAGCAGACUUCCAGCUGGGGAAGGACAUUGUGGAGAACAUCACAGACAGCCUCUACCAGAGCCACCACACCCUCUGCCUGGUCAGUCGCCACUUCCGGCGCAGUAACUGGUGUUCCCUGGAGAUGAAGCUGGCCACCUCCAGGCUGCAGGUGGAGCAAAGGGACAACCUCCUCCUGGUCUUCCUGGAGAAGAUCCCCCCUCACUGGCUGUCUGCCCACCACAGGCUGGCUCGCCUGGUGAAGACCAGGACCUAUCUGGACUGGAACCCCAUUAGCACCAGGCAUUCUGGGACAGACUGUGGGCUAAACUGA